AUGUCGGAUUCGCAAGUAGAAGUUGGCGCUACGGAUAGCCUUGGUGGUUGCGGGCAUGCUUCACGGAGGACCAAUACCUGCGCCUGCACUCCUUUCAAUACACGCUUGCCGCCCGAGAUCCAGCAGAUGAUCUUCUCGUGGGUUGCGGUGCUCGAUCCUCCCUCCAUUCCUGGAGAUGCCAAGGGCUCCCUUGGCUUCGUGCUCAUCUCGCAUGUCUGCAGACAUUGGCGCACGACGUUACUUUCGAUGAGGCAUGUCUGGGCGGAUAGCAUGGGGUUGCUUCCUGAGGCGACAAUCGAGAUGGUUCGCCGCGCCGGCUCACAUCCUCUCACGGUCACUCUCCGCUCGGACCUCAGUCCUUUCGAUGAGGGCAUGGGUCUGUUCUGCCACCGUCGCUCAACCCGUGCCCUCCACUGCGCCUUGUCGGAGCCGAGCCCUAGCAGAGCCCGCGAAUACGAAGAUGUCUUCUGCGACGAAGUGCAUCCCUGGCCAAUCCUCGAGACCCUCAAGAUCGAGGUCUCUGACAGAAUAAUCGGCAUGGACAAGGACUCGCUCAUGCCUUCGUUGCGCUUCCUCACCAUGAAGAACAUCUUCAACCACUUCACUGCUCCCUCUUUGCAAAGCCUGUCCAUCGAGUUCCAGGAGUGGACGAAAGGAAGCUUUGCGCUCCAGGCAUUCAAGUUCUUCGAUAUGGUUCGCGCUUGCCGCUCCACACUUCAAGACCUCGAACUCACACAUUGUUUCGCCCCCGACGCGAUGCCAUUGAUUCCGACGCCCAUAGAGCUUCCAGAACUUCGUAGCUUGUAUCUGGGCGGGUGCUCGCACCAGUUACUGGAUGCUGCUCGGAAUUGCUUUACCUACCCCUCCGCCUGCGACAUCUCCUUCCGCCCCCUCUACGACUACACCACCACGAAUCCAUUCCAGCCCGAUGAGUCGCUACAUCUCGUCUUGCGCGCGUUCAGCGACGAAGUCAUCGCUUGUACCGGCUCGUACGGUUUCGAAUUCCACGCUCUCCCAGGCGAAGCGUCGCAUAUCUCCGUACGCGCGCUGUCCCCAGAGGCUCUCGCCGGCACCGGCGAUCUCUUUGUAACGCCCCCCGACCUCGGCUCGCGCAAGGUAUACUUCGACUCCGACCGGAUGCGCAUCUUUCACGACGACAUAUUUGACGCCCUUUCUUAUGCCUUGAUCCCCGCAAGCACAAAGAAAGCCAACUUGAACCUCAGUGCGCUCCGCGACGUACGUGUUCUCUCUAUUGUGCAAGCGGGUACAGAGCCAGCAACUGGUGCCAUGAGGAAAGUGCUUCUGGAGAUGCCAGAGCUGCGCGUCCUACAUCUUCGCGGAGGUACCGCAGACAUGAUGCGCUGCAUCUGCCCUGUAAUCUCCCACGGAAGAUUGUCUGUCCCAAACCUGCAGUUGCUCCGUGUCUCAGCCGACAGACCAUAUGCGCCACCCCUUGACCUCUGGCAGUUCAAUCGUUGCUUACGGAGGCGCGCGGAAUAUCACCAGGCAGGAGGUCGACCCUCUCCGCUUCCUUGCCUUAUCGUCGAUCGAAAUGUUGAGUUCGAUGAAGGAUUGGAAGCCCAGAAGGCCGGAGUGGAGCGUCUGCAGGAGAUGAACUGUGUCAAAAAGGUGUAUUGGAGACUCAUAUGA